UAUAGUGUACUCACACUCAUCGGAAUAGGGAGUUAAUAUCAAAUUAAUGAAGACUGAAAUUUUUAUUGAACCUCUGCCAGCUGUUGACAUAUUAGUCAGCUCUUUACAGAAAAAAAAGGAAUGCACUUGGUUCACGAGUCCCCCUUCAUUUUUCCUUGUAGGCGUUUUCCUUUGGGAAAUGUUCAGACAUGGAUUUAACAUAUCACUUAGCGGAAUAAUGACUGGAAAUCCAAACAGGGACGGGGGAGUUUGCGAAGCAUUCUGGCUCUGUGAUUGGUCAGUGAAAAGCUACGUCGCAAGCAUCAUUGGUCGGACGUUACAUCAAUCUCCUGGCCUCUGGUACUUUCAAGUUUUGAAACUUUUCGAAAGGUGGGGAGUCAUGUAACAAACUCAUGUAACCGAUCUCGACAGGGACUGACUGCGUUUUUAAUUAUUCACACCGCUGACCGAUAGGGUGCUAAUAAGCGUUACCAAUCUAGUCAGCGCAUUUGUUUUUGUUACUUUCGCCAAGGUUUUGACUUUUUCCUCAAUGGUUGUAUAGCAGGUCGCCUGACAUGGCUUCCACGAACCGUAUAUCUUAGAGGGAGAUUUGACGAGCGAAGCUUGCCUUGUGGAUCACGGAUUUGACGCCCUGUAUCCGGUUUAAAAAUCGGAGAGAGACAACAUGGACUCUUUCAGCACGAAGAGCCUAGCCAUGCAGGCGCAGAAGAAGCUCAUGAGCAAGAUGGCGACCAAGACGAUGGCGAACCUCUUCAUCGACGACACAAGCAGUGAGCUCCUGGACGAGCUAUACCGUGUGACCAAAGAGUACACGCGCAACCGCAAGGAGGCGCAGAAGAUUGUCAAGAACCUCAUCAAGAUCGUAGUGAAGCUGGGUGUCCUCUACCGCAACGGGCAGUUCAGCGGUGAGGAGCUGGCGCUGGUGGAGCGGUUCCGCAAGAAGCUGCACACGCUCGCCAUGACGGCAGUCAGCUUCCACCAGAUCGACUUCACCUUUGACCGCCGCGUCAUGAGCGGCCUGCUCAACGAUUGCCGUGAGCUGCUGCACCAGGCUGUCAACCGCCAUCUGACUGCCAAGUCGCACAGCCGCAUCAACCAUGUCUUCAACCACUUUUCUGACUGUGACUUCCUGGCGACGCUAUAUGGGCCAACUGAUGUCUACUGCUCCCACCGCCAAAGGAUCUGCGAUGGGAUGAACAAGAUGUUGGACGACGGCAGCCUUUGACCGUCAAAGUUUUUGCCUCCUUGAGCUCUUACUUUGUAUGUUUUGGUGUGUUUGAUUUUUAAAGUUUUGCAUGUGGACAUUUUUACCUUAUUCUUGUUUUGUUUUUGGGGUUUUUUUCUUUCUGCCACACCCAGCCAAUAAUCCACCCCAGGGAGUUGGGAGUUGCUUCUCACUCGUAAUGCAUCUUGUGGGCGUGUCUGACCUGAAUGUGGAACUGCUGCCUACAGUGGUCUUUCCAGAACAAAAAACUUUUUUUUUUGAGGGGGGGUGCUUUGCUUAAACCCUUUAAAGGGAGAAAAGCAUAUUUUAAAACUAGUUCAUGUAUAUGGACAGCUUAUGCAGGGGUGCUGGAUAGAGAACCUGAAGGAGCAGAGGGCCACUUUUUCACAUGCCUCAGUGUUUGUUAGGUCCAAGAGAGGAUUUCUGCACAGUAAUAAUUAGGUUUCAUGAAGGAGACUUUUACACUUCAUCUUUUUUGAGAGAAAGGUUUACAGUAUCCUCUUUCCUGUUUUGACUAAAAAUGUCAUGCUGGCUUAGACGUUGGAUUGAGUCCAAAUUCUAACUUCUUUGGACUCCAUCAGCAAAGGCUGAAUGUACACAAUCUCUUAUUUUUAAACUUUUUUUGUUUUCAUUCCAAAACGAGUCAUGUGAAGAUUGAGACCUGAUCAAUGCUUUGUUUGUAACAGCCCAUGUGGUGGUCAUCUGAAUACCGUGCCGUAGUGGCUAAGCUCCACCUGACUCUUCAGAAAGGCAUGACUUUUUAGCCACCUCCUACAUGUAAUGUGACUGAUUUGGGUUGUGGGAUGUUUGUUUUUGUUUGUUUGGAUGCAGUUCCUUAACUGGAAUGAAGGCAAAGCAAGUACAUGAUUAUA